UCCACGCCAGCCAGCUCUCGACGGACCCCCGACAGACACCCCGCGCGCACCUCCUACCGCCCCACGCCGGGCAAGGAGAGCCCUCCCUCGCCCUGCCGGGUUGGCUGCUGGGCUGAGCGCCUCCAGCCCCUCCCGCGGGCUGGCCGGGAAUGUCCUCGCGAGCGCGGUGACCCCUCCGCCGCCGCUGCCGGACUCUGACCUUGUACCGGGGAAGGCACCAUGGCUUCCAGGCUGCUGCUCCGCGUCCUCCAGCGCGCCCUGCCCGGCGGCGGGCGGGCCGCAGCCCCCGCCAGAGCCAUGAGCGCCGGGGGUAUUCCCAGUGAUGAGGAACAGGCAACUGGACUUGAACGGAAAACUCUAGAGGCUAUGAAAAAAGGACAGGAUCCAUAUAGCAUACUCAAACCCAAGGGAUAUGCAGGAACUAGAGAGGAUCCUCAUAUUGUUCCAUCCGUCAACAAGAAGAGGCUAGUAGGCUGCAUCUGUGAGGAGGACAACUCUGCUGUCAUUUGGUUCUGGCUGCAUGCAGGAGAAAGCCAACGUUGCCCAUCAUGUGGUGCUCACUACAAGCUUGUCCAUCAUGAUGUCCCACAUUGAAAAUUUAUGUUAUUUAACUGAACCAAAGUGGAUUUCACUGUGUCUAAACUGCACAAAUAUGAUGUGCACUUCAAUCUGCAUGCAAAAUAUUUACUACCUUCAUAUUUGGUUUCUAUUGGAUUUCAUUAAAAAUUCCAAUCUUAUUGUUUUACUCUAAGUUAAUUAAAACUAAAUGCACAACA